AUGAAUUCCAAAUCACUCAUAUUUAGAUUUCCAAUGACUUACGAUUAAUCAAAGGCCUUAUUAGAGCAAUCGAAAUGUGAUGAAGAAUUCUUCAGGACCAUCAUAGGUUUGAGCCUGUAAUUGAAACAAUUCGUGAAUGAAGAUGACAUCCAAUCUUUGACUAAUUUUUUUAAUCAAAAUGCAGGAAUGAUCCCCUUCUUAAGAAUAUUCAUUGAUGAAUCAUUUGAAUAGGCUGUUUUAUAUCGAUAUGAAGAGAUAAUACGAUAUUUCAUCAACAAUAGCUAUUAAGUUACAGAUAACAAAAUUCUAAUAACUUUAUUACAAACCAGCAGGUUUUUGAAGCAUGAUCCACCAAUCGAAGUCCUAGAGUUAUUAUUAAAAGAUGGGAAUGUAAAACCUGAUGAAGGCACCGAUGAUAAAUUUAGAACACCACUCCAUUUAGCUUGUAAAUACGGCAUUGUUGACUUUAUAAAAAUUUUAAUCGAGAAUGGUGCAGAUAUAAAUGCAAUUGACAAAAAAAAGUUUACUCCCCUAAUGCACUUAUAAAAGAAGAUGUAAAAAUAAGAGGGACUAGAUGCAAUCGAAAAGUAUAUGUAUUAGAAGGGAGCAGAAACUUAUGUUACAUCUAUAUUUUGA